AUGCGGCACGUCGAGGCCGCGCUGGACGCCUUCCGCGGCGCGGGCGUCCACGUGCUGCGCGUCGAGCCCUUCGCGAUGCGCAACGUGACCGAGUUCGCCCGGCGCGUGUACCGAAAGCUGCCCAACACGAAUCCGGGAAAAUUCGUGGAGUGCAUGCGCGUCAAAGCUGCGCACCUGGAAGCGCUCGACUACCGCAAGGCGUACGUGCUCACCGCCUACGCCCCCGCCGGCUCGACGUCCAUGCACGCCGUCAAGCAUGCGCUCCGGUCGCGGUACGACCCGCCUGUGUCGAAGGACCUCGCGCGCUGCGGCGCGAACUUCAUCGUACACGUCACGGACGACGCGGAGGACGCCGACGACGUGCUGAACAUGACGGGGCAGCCCCCGCGGGCCUCCUACGCGCUCCCGGCCGGCGCACCGUGGUUCGCGGCCGGGCGCGCCGCGGUCGUGAACGUCGGCUCGCUGCGCGUGCCGUGCCCCGCCCACGCGCCGCGCUGCGCCGCGCCCGUGCCCCUCGGCUCGUCCCCGGCCGCCCGCGGCGCUGACGCGUACGAGGACUCCUUCCGCAAAGCGGUCGAAGCGGGCGCGGUCGAGGACGCCACGACGCCCCGCGCGUUCGGCCUGCUCGCCGCGGCCGUCGUUAACGCGAGUUACGUGGACGAUGCGUGCGGCUGCGACGGCGUCGUAAGACGGCGGCCCGUCGUCGUGCGCGGCGACGUGAUCGUCGCGCGCCCGCACCGCGCGGCGCUCGUCCUCCGCGCCCGCGGGCCGGGCGCGCGCGUCGAGGUCCUCGACCUUGCCGCCGCGUCGCAUCGCGUGCGGCGCACACUCCUGGCCGCCGCCGUCGCAAGCGACGAGCGCCUCGACCGCUUCUGCGACGCGCCCUUCGACGAGGCGCGCUUCGUCGAUCGCGCGCGGUUGUCGCCCCUGGGGCCCCGCACGGGCGUCGUCUUGACCGUCGACGCCGCCACGGACACGCGCACGCGGCGACGCGUGGUCCUGAAGGCGGGCGCGACCUUCGCGGAUCAUCUGGCCGGCGACCUCCUGCCGGCGCUGCUGAACGUCUCCGGCGAGCACGUGCUGACGGCGGAGGCGUGCUUUCGCCGCGGCGCGCGCGACCGCGUCGCCGCCUACGGAAAAAUGGACGGCAAUCUGCUGCAGCUCCUCGUCGCGAACGACACCGGCCCGCUCCGCCAGUACGUGCCGCGCCGCCGCUACCGGUCGUGCUUUGCGCUGCGCGCGGCGCACGACCUGCUGCGGGGCCUGGCGGCGGCGCACGCCGCCGGCAUCGUCAACCAGGACGUCCACGCCGGCAAUCUGCUGUUCGCGGGCGCGGGGCCGGCCAUGCGGUGGAAAAUCUCGGACUUUGGGCGGGCGUGCGUCGUCGGCGCGGGACGGUGUCCGCACGUGGCGGGCUCGCGAGUGCUAGCACCCGAGGCGGGCCACGUGCGGAAGACGCCGGCGAGCGACGUCUGGAGCGCCGGGUUCGUGUUCCUGCUCUUGCGGUGCGGUGGCGAUUGGGGAGAUCGAAGAGCUCUUCGCGAGUGGUUGCUGCGGUUAAAUGAAGAGUACGGCGCCACGAGAAAACGGCUCGGCGGUCGCGACACGACGGCCGUACCGAUCAAAGCCUGGAACGCGACGAGCUUCGGCGGGCUCCUCCGCGCGGCGCCCCCGGCGAUACGAAAUCCCGCCGCGCAGUGCCGGCUCCUCGCCAGGCAGGCGCGGGAAAAAGCGCUGCCGGCGGCGCGGGAACGGGCGUUGCUGGCGGCGAUGCUGGACCCGCGCUGGGAGAAGAGGCCGGCCGCGGGGGAGCUCGCGCGCGACCUCGGCGACCUGGUAUCGGGGCGGUGUGGUCGCCUCGCGGGGCCCGUCUAGCACCGUAACAUGAGGAUCGCAAC